AUUCCUGAAUUCCCCUUUUCCCUGGCAGGAGGAAUCCGGGGAAAUCGAGGAAUCGCCGACGGAGGCCGGGACUGCUCUGCAGGGGAAGGAUUCUGCUGUGCCGGGGCCCGGAGCCGAUGGCAGAGAAUGUCCACGACUAACAACAUAGCGCAGGCCCGCAAGCUCGUGGAGCAGCUCCGCAUCGAGGCCGGCAUCGAGAGGAUCAAGGUGUCCAAAGCAUCCUCGGAGCUGAUGAAUUAUUGUGAGCAGCAUGCCCGGAAUGAUCCUCUCCUGGUGGGAGUUCCUGCUUCCGAAAAUCCCUUUAAGGACAAAAAACCCUGCAUCAUCCUAUAGCUCUGGAUCUUUCCAGAAAGGAAUUCCCAUCCAACCUCCGG